AUGACUUCUCAGCUGCAAGUCUUCUCUCCCCCCUCAAUCUCCUCCAGUGCCUUUUGCCGAGUAAAGAAGCUGAAGGUGGAGAGCAAUGUCUGGGACGUAUCCACAACUGAAGCCUACAGUUCCAUAGCAGGCCAGUCGGCAUACGCAUUUACCCCAGCCAUGGCCGUGCCUCCCUUCGCACCACCACUCGUCUUCCCUCCUGCAGCUACAGGCUCCAGGGGUCAAGUGGUGGUGCGAGCAGCCGACAGCACAGGUAGUCUUCCUCGUGGAUCCAGUCGACGUGUCCCCGAACAGACCACUUCCUCUUCUUACAAUCACGAGGUGUCCUCAGAAGUAAGGAGCCAAAGGCACGGGCAAAAGAGAAAGAUUGAGGAAGCGAGCGAGGGCAGCGGGAGCGGAUGUGGCAGCGUUCAAAUACUGGAGGAGCUCUCGGCUCCUGCGGCGACUUACUCCACCCGGACAGCCGCCGGUGGAGGAGGUGGCACAGGCCAGUCCAUCCCUCACUCUGCUCCAACCACCAAAAGCAGCAGCUCAAACGGCGAGGGGGAUUAUCAGCUGGUGCAGCACGAGAUCCUCUGCUCCCUGUCCUCCAGCUAUGAAGUGCUGGAGUUUCUGGGAAGAGGCACCUUUGGGCAAGUGGCCAAGUGUUGGAAAAGGGGGACGAAUGAGAUUGUAGCAAUAAAGAUUCUAAAAAACCAUCCUUCAUAUGCUCGACAGGGACAAAUCGAGGUGGGAAUCUUGAAUCGGCUCAGUGCAGAGAAUGCAGAUGAGUAUAACUUUGUGCGCUCGUAUGAAUGCUUCCAACAUAAGGGUCAUACCUGCCUGGUGUUUGAGAUGUUGGAGCAGAAUCUGUACGACUUUCUCAAGCACAGCAAGUUUAGCCCGCUCCCCCUGCGACACAUCCGACCCAUCCUGCAGCAGGUGGCCACGGCGCUGAUGAAGCUGAAAAGUCUGGGGUUGAUCCACGCUGACCUGAAACCUGAAAACAUCAUGCUGGUCGACCCCAUCAGGCAGCCGUACAGGGUGAAGGUUAUAGACUUUGGCUCAGCGAGUCAUGUGUCGAAGGCCGUGUGCUCAACCUACUUACAGUCUCGCUACUACAGGGCUCCAGAGAUCAUUUUGGGCCUGCCGUUCUGUGAGGCCAUUGACAUGUGGUCUUUGGGCUGUGUGAUCGCUGAGCUGUUUUUAGGCUGGCCUCUCUACCCAGGAGCUUCAGAGUAUGACCAGAUUCGCUACAUUUCUCAGACCCAAGGCCUGCCAGCGGAGUACCUCCUGAGCGCCGGUACAAAAACCAAUCGCUUCUUCAACCGAGGCCCGGACUCCAGCUACCCUCUCUGGCGGCUUAAGACUCCAGCAGAGCAUGAAAUGGAGAUGGGUAUCAAGUCGAAGGAGGCCAGGAAGUACAUCUUCAACUGUCUAGAUGAUAUGAUGCAGGUCAACCUGUCGUCUCAUCUGGAGGGGACGGACAUGCUGGCUGAGAAAGCGGACAGAAAGGAGUUCAUAGAUCUGUUGAAACGAAUGCUUCGCCUGGAUGCCGACAAAAGGAUCACCCCCACAAAAACCUUGGGUCAUCCUUUCGUCACGAUGAGCCACCUGAUAAAUUAUCCGCACAGCUCACAUGUCAAGUCAUGCUUCCAAAACAUGGAGAUUUGCAAACGUCGGAGCACGUAUGACAGCAGCAAGUCUCUGUACUCUACCAGUGCCGUUCCCAGCGCUGCCGCAGGAAACCUCACUGUUACCUUCAGUAGCCAGCUUAACCAGCAUAACCAGGUGCCUUCUGCAGGGGGUGCGGUGCCUUUGCUGAAUUACCAGCCAGCUCUUUACCAGCAGGCAACUAUCAACAUUCCUGGUUUGGCUCAACAGAGCGUCCCAAUCUCAGCCCGUCCUGCUGGGCUGUGUAGCCAGACGGAGCCCUUCCAGCAGACCCUUAUUGUGUGUCCACCUUCUACUAUCCAAGGGCUUCAGCAGUCCAGUAAGAGUUCAAGCUUCCCUGUGAGGGUGGAGAACUCCGUACCAAUAGUACCUCAGAACCAGUCUGCUCAGUCCCUGCAGAUCCAACCAAGCAUGCUCACACAGGGUUCCUGCACACCCCUGAUGAUGGCCACCUUGCACCCGCCCCCAGCAGGUGUUGCCCCCCAAUAUUCUCUGCCUCUGGGGCUGGGCCCAGGGGUGGGUCGGCCCGCCCUGCUGGAGCACACAGCCACUGUGCUGCAGGCUUGGCCAACUGGUACCCAACAAAUCCUCAUCCCUUCAUCGUGGCAGCAGGUCCCAGGCGUGGCCAUCCAUGGUCCCGCCCAACAAGCAAACAUCCCAGAAUCCCCCCUGGAAGCCAUUCACUCAGCUGCUGCUGUGCAGACGGGACAGAGCUGGCGAAGUGCAAGUCAAACCAGAACGCAGCAAGAGAGAAAGAAAGGAAAGGCCAGAUGUGGGGAGAAUAGAAACAGGGGAGUAUCCGCUGCAUCCAUACUUGGCAGCAACAUGACCCCACCCGCCUCCGCCGCGGCGUUGUCCCAGCCGAUCAUCAUCUCGGACACCCCCAGCCCAGCUGUUAGCAUCAUUACCAUUCACAGCGACACAGACACAGAAGAUGAGCGCAAGUUUCAUCCAGCCAGUGUUGGACUGAGCCGCACUGAGCGCACCAAUGUGAUCAGCUGCGUAACCGUGCAUGACUCUGACUCCUCUACAGCCAGCCCGCUGACCCCCCUACCCCGCAGCCUCAACGCCACUGGCUCCCUGUCGUCACGGCAGGCUAAGUCUCUGGCUGCGGUGGUUCCUUCCGUUAAAAGCCACGCCCCUGAGAGGGCAGCGGCUUCACACAGCCGUGCUGAGACUGGUACUUGCAUGAAGCCAAAAAGAUCGUCCAACAGACAGCCCUGCAGCUCGGGGGAAAGUAUGGACCGAGCUGGGCUGGUUCCUAGCCAGUCGCACCCAUUAAACCUCAGCCAGGUUCAGUCGGUGGUCUCUUCCUCUCAGGAGCGUUCGUUGGUCUCCCACAGCGACUCAUCUCUUCACCGCCAGACGUUCCCACCGACCGUUUCCGCCUCUCACUACAGCUUCCCGGAAGUGUCGGCCCUGGCGCCGGGCUCGGUCGCCGCGGCAGCGGCAGCCAGCCUGUACACCUACCCAGCUUCCGCCGCCCUUUCCACUGCCUCCCAGGCCAUGGAGCAGCUGCUGGGCCGCGGCCAUGGCAGCAACGGACACUCCCCCUCCGCCUAUGCAGCAACGUACGCCUCAUCCUCCUCGUCCUCCAGGAGGGACUCGGCCAGCCGCAAAGAAAACGUCAGCAGCCUGCUGCACGGCCUCCCCGCGGCCUACCAGCACCAGUUUGCAGCGGGUUCUCCUUACGUCAACGUGACGCCCCGAGCAGAGGCUUACAGUGCCUACCAGCUGAGCCCCAGGCGCCUCACACAGUACCCCUACUUAUAGGGAACCAAUGCAAUUAAAGAAAACUAGUUACUUCUACUUCCAUUCUAUCACAGGGGGACGUUCAAACCUUAGAGUUAGUUUCUGUCACCUCAUUGUCUGCUGCUUUUAACUACAAAGAAGCAUUUCAGCCCUCGCUAUCUAUGCUCUUUGGACUAUUUUAGUGUAUUUGAAAUGACUUUUGGUAUUAUUUGUAACGCAUUUAAUAUUUUCCCUUUGGCUCAUAUUUUGUCCCAGUUGAUCCAAAUCUAAGGCAUCACGUGUUUAACUUGUUUCUGUGUGAAGAGAGAUUGUCCUCCUGUCACUAGCAGCAAAAAUACUUAGAUCCUCAUGAGCCUUAGUUUAAAGUUUCCACACUAAUCCCUCAAAGCCUGUAUUUAUUUAGCAAAGAUAAAUACUUCAUCCUUCUCACCUUUGUCUGUUUCGUUUCUCUUGAGUUUUUUUUUUUUUUAUUUUGUUUUUUUUAUUAUGUGUGGAAGAGGAAGAUCCAUGAAGAUGUUGGAGAAGAGGUGCGGCAUAAACUGUGAUGGACACAUUUAAUUUAAAUUCACGUUGUGGUCGUUGUGUUUCUGUAGUGACGGUGUUUUCCCAUGAAUUGAUCACGUCUGUAUGCAAUAGAGAACUAUGAAUCAGAGUGCCGAAUGUACUGAUCAGAGGGAGAUCUCCUUCCUGAGGAAAUGUGUGGAAAUGGGGUGUCUGCUUUUUCAUGGUCUGGAAAGAAAAAUGUGUGCAUCAUGUGAAUCCAGAUUUUUAGGACCUAUUAUGAGUAAAAUCAAUUUAAGGCCAGUUAUUUUAUUGCCUGGAAGCUGUAACAAACCACCCUUCCUCUUUUGUUCUGCACAACAACUAAUUUAUAGAACUGUAUUGAUACUGUUGGCAAGACACUUUAGUUGUCUGCAAUUAAAUUGGAUUCGCUGCCAAAUGGCGGUGCUGAUCUGCCGGCGCAUGUCGGCCGGGAAACCGUCCAUCCCGUGUUAGGGCAUGUAGCUGUCAGACGGCUUCUCCUGCCAGCGUCUUUGUUUAAAGGCAGUGAUCUUUGGAUGGUUUGCGUGCUUUUAAGUAAACCCUCCCACCUUUGUUGUUUUUCUUUUCUUGCAUCAGUUCUGUGUUGUAAUGUCUUGAGUAUUUAACUGUAUUUCAUCCUAACAUAGUGUAGUUAAAGAGGAUGUUUGGUAGAGCUAAUUCAGGGAAAAAAGGGUUCAAAUAAUCCACCUUCACUGUUUCCAUUAAAAAAAACACAAUUUCAGAACA